AUGUAAAAUAUUUGCUUCCAAUUGUAUUUAUUAAAGUAAAUUAAGAUCUUUAUCUACUAGUUGACAUUGAUUUCUUGGGAAGCUCCGAGCAAUAAAAAUUUGAUUAUUAGCAUUCAAAAUCCUAGAAUAAUCUCCGAAACGAUUACUUUCAGUAUUAGAUUGAAGGAACUAGCACACAAAUUAGUUUUUGAAUGCCAAUUGACUUUCUUCAUUGACAAUUUAGAGUUCAGAUUCUUUGUUCUGUUUAGAAUUGGAUGA